CUCAGCCGGGAGCAUGGCGGCGGCGGCGGCGGCGGCGGCGCGCCGGGUGCCACUGGGCCGGGAGGCGCACGGCGUGUACAGCCUCUGCUUCGGCGCGGGGGGCGCGCAGCUGGCCGCGGGCUUCGGCGACGGCGCCGUGCAGCUGGUGGACGCCGGGACGGGCGCGCCGGGCCCCUGCCUGCGGCCGGGCCGGCGUGCGCGCCAGGCCGUCACCGCGCUCGGCUUCCACCGCGCCAAGCCCGGGCUGCUGCUGGCCGCCGGAGCCGACGGUGUCGUCGUCCUCUACGACCUGCGCGCGGGGAGCGCCGCGGCCUCUCUGACUGAGGAGGAGAACGAGAUCCACGCGCUGGACUUCUGCCGCGACGGCAGCUCCUUCGCCACGGCCGGCAAGGACCGGCACAUCCGCCUCUACGACAGCCACACCCACCAGCUGGCCCAGGUGGUGCGUGCGCCCGACUUCAUGGCCGGGGACGAGUUCACGCCCUUCAGCGGCCACUCCCGGCGGAUCUUCGCGCUGCGCUUCCACCCCACCGAGCUGCACCUCUUCCUCACCGGCGGCUGGGACAACUCCGUCAAGGUGUGGGACAAGCGCGUGCCCAAAGGGGCGCAGCGGGUGAUCAACGGGCCUCACAUCUGCGGCCCCGGCAUCGACGUCAAGGGAGAACAUAUCCUGACUGCCUCCUGGGUGCCCCGCAACGCUCUCCAACUCUGGGACCUGCGGAUGUCUCGACUGUGGCAAAACGUGCCCUUCCCUGGCAACCCCACCCAGGGAGAGUUCCUCUAUUCAGCCCAGUUCUGCACUGAGGAUGUGGUGGUGGCCGGGGGCAGUGGUACCAGUGGAGCUGGGAUUAUCCAUACUGGGACUGGCCAGGUGAUCGGGGAGAUCCUGCUGCCCAACAAGCCUGUUCAUGUAGUGGCUUCGGCUUCCAAAGGGCAGCCCGUGGCUGUAGCAGGUGCAGGGGGAAACCUCUACCUUGCAGAACUGCACUGAGUCCCAGAAGCAGACAGAGCACGAGGCCGCCUUGCCUGGGGGCUGAGCCAGCAGAAGAUGAUCCAUGAGUGGUGGCCUAGGUUGCACAGCUGGCAGCUUCUGCCCAGAACCUUUACGGCUGUUCCAACUCCUUGCUCUCCAACCCUGUUACAAGCCCAUUUUGGCCCCCCGCUCCUCCCCACUCCCAUGCUCACGAUUCCGUCCUGCUCCUGUGCACUGUUAGGGGCUGUCCCAUAUCUUUCCCGGGCUGGGACUCCAUCUGGACCUUGAGAUGCAUGGUGUAUGGGUGGUGCCUCCCUGCCAAGGAUUUGUGCAAUAAAGUUUCCUGCAUAUGGAGAGAUGGCUGGCAGGACCCAUGUCUGAGAAA